ACGUCGUACAUUCAGGCGCUAGGACCCAGAGGUCUUUGGCGGCGCCUGCCCUCCAUCCGGCGGUCACUGUGCUUCCCUGUGGCCGAAGAGAGGCUCCCUCAGUCCGGCCGCUCUCUUGCCAGACAGUCCUCACCGACGGAGCGUCACUUUUGAAUGAAACAGGAGCAAGUCCUCACCCGGGCAGCAAAGUGGAGGGAAAGGACAAACCAACGGACAUUUUGAUAGUAUGGACGCCGAACGCCAAAGCGACGUGGUGGAGCGUCUGGUCAACGAGCUCGGUGCUCUGCUGAAGAUGUUGGAUCAUGAGAGCGUCAGCCCCGCCACCGCAGACAAGAUGGCGUCCGUACGCAACAUCCUGGACGCGCUGUCAGUCAGCGGAUCCGAUGUUUACAUGAACAGCUGUCUCUAUGGCAACGGCACCAGCUUCGUCGAGUCUCUGUUUGACCACUUUGCAGACUGUGAUCUACAGGCGCUCAGCACCUCUCCUGUCCAGCAGAGGGAGCCCACAGAGGAAGAGGAGGAGACGCCCCCUAACAAAUCGAUCCCCACUGACACGCCCCCUCCACUGCCUGCCACGCCCCUCCCUGAGGACUACUACGAGGAGGCGGUUCCUCUUCACUCGGGCUCCGCCCCCCAGUACUUCACCACCAACAUGGACCCAGCUUCCAGGAACUCCGAGGAAGACGCCUACUAUGAAGAUGCAGACAACAACUACCCCACCACCAGGAUCAACGGGCCUCCCAAAAACUCCUAUAACGACUCCGACGCUCUGAGCAGCUCCUACGAGUCGUACGAGGAGGAGGAAGAGGAGGCCAAAGGACAGGGUCCUCCUCAGAGAUGGGCCGCGGACGGCAGUCCGGACGGCCCGGUCCAGGACUGCAGGAUUUGCGCUUUCCUGAUGCGGAAGAAGCGCUUCGGCCAGUGGUCCAAACAGCUGGUGGUGGUCCGAGACAGCAAACUACAGUGCUACAAAAGCAUCAAGGAGAGCACCCCCCACACGGAGCUCCCUCUCAACCUGUGCAACGUCAUUUACGUCUACAAGGAGGGUCGCAAGAAGAGACACGAGCUGCGCUUCUCUCUGCCGGGCGGAGAGGUUCUGGUUCUGGCUGUGCAGAGCAAGGAACAAGCCCAGAGAUGGCUCAAAGUCGUGCAAGACGUCGGCAGCCAGUGUGGCAACAUGGACGGCCUGAGCGGAUCCACCUCUCCCGUAGUCCACAGGAAGGUGGAGCUGGACAAGGCUGACAAGCACAUGUCAGACUCGGACAGUGGACCGACAGCAGACGGUCAACCAGCCACACCUGGACCUGGACCAGGACCUGGAGCUGGACCAGGACCUGGACCUGGACCAGGACCAGGACCAGGACCAGGACCUGGACCUGGACCUGGACGGGAUGCUGCCGACACACUCAGCAAAGGAAAACGCGGUGCCUUCUCGGAGCUGACGGGAUCGAUGAGCCGAGCGGCCGGGAAGAAGAUCAACCAAAUCAUCACCUUCUCCAAACGCAAGACGCCCGCCGGUCACCAUGACGACCCUCGUUGCGGCUAUCUGAGCGUGUGCGUGGGCGGAGUCUGGAAGGAUCGCUGGUGCACGCUGCGAGCGGGGAGUCUGCACCUGCUGAGGGACCCGGGCGACCAGCGGCCUCCCGUCAUGGUGGUCCCCUUGAGGGGGGGCGAGGUGGUCCCGGGGGGCUGUGGCCCCAAGCAUCCCUUUUCCUUCCGCAUCCUUCAGGGAGGCGUGGAGCUGGCGUCCUUGGAGGCCGGCUGCUCGGAGACGCUGGGACGCUGGCUGGGGGUCCUGUUCGCCGAGACGGGCAACGCCACGCUACCCGAUGAGCUUCACUACGACUACAUCGACGUGGACACCUUGACGGACAUACGCCACGCCGCCAGACACUCCUUCCUGUGGGCAACCUCCGCCGCCGCCGCCGUGGACCCCACCACGUACGAUGACGUUUACGAGAGUGUGGAGGACGACGAGGACGAGGGCAGGGCCAGGGGCGGCCAGGUGAGACGCCACGCCUCCUUCUCCAGCAGGGACUCCGAGAAGACGGAGCAGCAGGCCGCCGUCAAGAGACACGCCUCCAACGUCAACCAGUACGGACGCUACGGGAAACUGCGAGCGGAGGAGGACGCCAGACGCUACCUGACGCAGCGGGAGGAGCUGGAGGGGCAGAAGGAGCGGCUCAGGAACGCCCUCGUCUCCCUGCGCAGGGAGAAGAAAGACUUGAAGAGCGGCGGCGGGACAGGUGAGGGACGAGGCGCGGCCCCCGCCCAAACUCGCGCUCAAUGUGUGUGUGUGUUUGAAGAUGGCGGCGUGGAGCGGCGGCUGGCCCAGCUGGAAGUGCUGUGCAAGCAGAAGGAGGAGGAGAGGGUGGAGCUAGAACUCCGACUGACCGAAGUCAAGGACAACCUCAGCAAGUCACUGGCCAGGGGACAGCUGGCUCCGCCCACCAACGCCACCGUCACCUCCAAGAAGCAGGACAAGAAAGUGGACAAAGUUUACAAUGACAUCAUUCCCGUCAACUCAGCGUCCGAACUCCGCAAACGACCGCCAUCGCUCUACGCCUCCUCCAAAGUCAAUGUCAUGCAGAAGGCAAAGGAGUGGGAGUCCAAGACGAGCACGUAGACGCUGUGACGUUGACGGCAGACAAAGAGGAAGAGGAGACACUUUGUGUGUUGGACCACGUGGGCGGAGUCACGCAUAGAGGCCCCUCCCCCCUCAGCUCAUCUACAUAUCGUAAGGACGUCAAAGUGACUGGCACUGACGAGGCGUGCACGUGAGCGACACCGAUUUGAUUCGUUUCAAUGAAAAAGCAAAAGUUGUAAGUGUGGGGUUUUUUGCAUGUGAAUGCUGAGGAAUAUGUUAUUUCUUGUAUUUAUUUAUUUUUCUAUUUACGUUUUUUUUUUUUUUUAACUCUUCCAAGCCAUUGCAGCAUCACAAUGCUCAUUCAGGACACAAAUGCUUGCGUUCCAAUUUUUUUAACGUCAAAAUUUUCUUUGAAAUUAUUGACUAAUUUUUUCCAGAAUUCACUACGAUUUUCAUCCCACAAGUUACGGAGGUCAAUUUGUGUCUUUAUUACGAAAGCUUUUUUGGACACUGAAUUUUAUUGCAUUAAAUUAUAUCGACAAUUUCAUUGAAUAAAAAUUUGGGAGCAGAAUUUGCGUGUUUAAAAAUUCAGUGUAAAAUAAAUAAAUAAAUGUAUUUAAAAAAAAAAACAUUCAUCCAUUUUCUACCGCCUGUCCGUCUUGGGGUUGCGGGUGGGCUGGAACCUAUUAUAGAGUUAAAAAAAAAAAGUAUGUUUUAAAAAAUUCAGUGUAAAAAAAAAAAUCGGUGAAAAAUUUCAGUGUAAAAAAGGUUCUGUUUAUAAAAUUUUUGUGUAAAAAAAAUUUGAGUAAAAAAAAAAUUCUGUCUAAAAAAGGUUCUGUUUGUAAAAUUUUUGUGUAAAAUAAAUUUGAGUAAAAAAAAAAUUCAGUGUAAAAAAAUGUGUGUAAAAAAAAAAAAUCGGUGAAAAAUUUCAGUGUAAAAAAGGUUCUGUUUGUAAAAAUUUUGUGUAAAAAAAAAUUUGAAUAAAAAAAAAUUCUGUCUAAAAAAGGUUCUGUUUGUAAAAUUUUUGUGUAAAAUAAAUUUGAGUAAAAAAAAAAUUCUGCGUAAAAAAACCUACAAAAUUCAUCCAUCCAUCCCUUUAUUUACAGCUUGUCCCUCUUGGGGUCACAGGGGGCUGCAGCCUAUCAUAGUGUAAAAAAAAAAAAGUGAAAAACAUGCAGUGUAAAAUUUUCAGUGUAAAAAAGGUUCUGUUUGUACAUUUUUUUGUGCAAAUUUUUUUUGAGUAAAAAUAAAAAUUCAGUGUAAAAAACCUUACAAAAAUUAUCCAUCCAUCCAUUUUCUACAGCUUGUCUCUCUUGGGGUGACAGGGGGCUGCAGCCUAUCCGAGUGUAAAAAAAAUCUGUGUAAAAAAUGCGGUGUAAAAAAUGUUCUGUUUGUAAAAUGUUUGUGUAAAAAACUUUUGAGUAAAAAAAAAAUUCAGUGCAAAAGAAAAAUACAAAAUUCAUCCAUCCAUCCAUUUUCUACAGCUUGUCCCUCUUGGAGUCACAGGCGGCUGCAGCCUAUCCGAGUGUAAAAAAAAUAAUUGAAAAACAUGCAGUGUAAAAUGUUUAGCGUAAAAAAGGUUCUGUUUGUGAAAAUAAAAAAAAUCAGUGUAAAAAAACCUUACAAAAAUUAUCCAUCCAUCCAUUUGCUACAGCUUGUCUCUCUUGGGGUGACAGGGGGCUGCAGCCUAUCCGAGUGUAAAAAAAAUCUGUGUAAAAAAUGCGGUGUAAAAACGGUUCUGUUUGUAAAAUGUUUGUGUAAAAAAAUUUUGAGUAAAAAAAAAAUUCAGUGUAAAAGAAAAAUACAAAAUUCAUCCAUCCAUCCAUUUUCUACAGCUUGUCCCUCUUGGAGUCACAGGCGGCUGCAGCCUAUCCGAGUGAAAAAAAAUCAGUGAAAAACAUGCAGUGUAAAAUGUUUAGCGUAAAAAAGGUUCUGUUUGUAAAAAUAAAAAAAAAUCUGUGUAAAAAAACCUUACAAAAAGUAUCCAUCCAUCCAUUUUCUACAGCUUGUCUCUCUUGGGGUGACAAGGGGCUGCAGCCUAUCCGAGUGUAAAAAAAAUCUGUGUAAAAAAUGCGGUGUAAAAAAUGUUCUGUUUGUAAAAUGUUUGUGUAAAAAAAUUUUGAGUAAAAAAAAAAUUCAGUGUAAAAGAAAAAUACAAAAUUCAUCCAUCCAUCCAUUUUCUACAGCUUGUCCCUCUUGGAGUCACAGGCGGCUGCAGCCUAUCCGAGUGUAAAAAAAUCAGUGAAAAACAUGCAGUGUAAAAUGUUUAGCGUAAAAAAGGUUCUGUUUGGAAAAUUUUUGUGUAAAAAAAUGUUGAGUAAAAAAAAAAUUCUGUGUAAAAAAACCUUACAAAAAUUAUUCAUACAUCCAUUUCUACAGCUUGUCUCUCUUGGGCUUUCGAGGGCUGCAGCCUAUCAGAGUGUAAAAAAAAUCCUUUAAAAAAAUGCAGUGUAAAAAAUGUUCUGUUUGUAAAAUGUUUGUGUAUAAAAUUUUUGAGUAAAAAAAAAAAUCUGUGUAAAAAAAAAAAACAACCUACAAAAUUCAUCCAUCCAUCCAUUUUUUUACAGCUUGUCCCUCUUGGACUGACAGGGGUCCGCAGCCUAUCCGAGUGUAAAAAAAAAUCUGUGAAAAAAAUGCUGUGGAAAAAAAAAAUCUGUGGAAAAAAAUGCUGUGUAAAAAAGGUUCUGUUUGUAAAAAUUUUGUGUAAAAAAAAUAUUCAGUCUAAAAAAAACUACAAAUAUCAUCCAUCCAUCCAUUUUCUACAGCUUGUCCCUCUUGUAGUCACAGGGGGCUGCAGCCUAUCCAAGUGUAAAAAAAUCAGUGUGUAAAAAAAUUAAGGAGAGACAAUCAAAGUAAAAAAAAAUUGAAAAAAGGUUCCAUCCAUCCAUUUUCUACCGCUUGUCCCUCUCACAAGUCAUGGGGGUCUGCAACCGAUGCUGUGUAAAAAAAAUGUUUGUAAAGAUCCAGUUUGUAAAAAAAUCUGUGUAAGAACAAGGUUGUAAAAAUUCGGUGUAAAAAAAAAAAAUUUGAAAAAAUUUAGUGUAAGAAAAUCAGUGUAAAAACUCAUCCAUCUAUUAAUUUUCUACCGCUUGUCCCUCUAGGGGUCACGGGUGGCUGCAGUCUAUCCCAAUGCAAAAACAAUGUUUGUAAACAUUCAGUGGAAAAAGAAAGUUUGUAAAAUUCAGUGUGAAAAAAUACUGUGUAAAAAAACCUUCAAAAAUAAUCCAUCCAUCCAUUUUCUACCGCUUGUCCCUCUCAGGGGUCAUGGGGGACUCCAACCUAUCCCAGUGUAAAAAGAAAAUGUUAGUAAAAAUUCAGUUUGUAAAAUGUCAGUGUAAAAAUAAAAUUCAGUGUGUAAAAAAAUACAAAAAAAUUUGUAUAAGAAAAUCAGUGUAAAAACUCAUCCAUCCAUUCAUUUUCUACUGUUUGUCCCUCUCUAGGUCACGGGUAGCUGCAGCCUAUCCCAGUGUAAAAAAAGUCAGUGUAAAAAAUACUGUGUAUAAAUUUCAGUGUCAAAAAAUUAAGUUUGUAAAAAUGUUGUAAAAAAUUUCAGGAGAGACAAUCAAUGUAAAAUAAAACAAUUUGAAAUGUUGUGUAAAAAAUAAUCCAUCCAUCCAUUUUCUACCGAUUGUCCCUCUCAAGGGUCAUGGGUGGCUGCAACCUAUCCCAGUGUA